AUGUUGUUCAUCACUGGGACUAUUGCUAGUCCCUGCAAACCCAAGACUACGCAGGAGCCUUCUGAAAGUCUGGUUUCCAGUGUCGUACAGAGCAUCUCCUUUGAGCUCGUGUCCACGACAGAUGCUACAACGACUGUCGCUGAGAUCCUUUCGAGCACCACUGCUGGGAUUGCUGCCACAUCUACUGGAAUUACCUCCACUGAUGUUACUUCUACUGCAGAAAUAUCUCAAGUCACCUCUGAAGCUCUUACCAGAGCUAGCACGCAGACCUCAGUCGACAUUACUGCCUUGACGACUGUCACUACUGAAACCACGUCUGAUACCACUACCUGGAUCACUCUGACCACCGAGGCUACUGCCGAUACUACUACCUGGUUCACCGAAACCUCCACUGUCGAAACCACUACCACCGCUGAGGCCCCACCAUCAGUUACCACGUUCUCCCUCAGGGCCAGCAACUCAGGCUUCACCUCAGCUAACGGCAAGUGGGUCGUUCAACACGCAUCAGAGGGAAUAAGGCUUGGGCCGGACCCAAACCUUGAAGAUGGCUUCGAAAUUAUAGACUUCUCUAUUGAGCCAGUGACAAAUUACCUCAAGGUGGAUGACUCCUAUGUCGUUGCGUCUGAAUCGACCUCAGGAAUCGGCUUUUACGAAAGUAAUUCUGUAUCACGCUACAUCGUAUGCACGCCGCCUGUGGCAAAGGGUGAGAAGCUGUCAUGCCACGACAUGUUUGGAGACUGGUAUAGUUGGGCGGUGGACUCUACUAACGGCCUUUUCCUCCGGUAUGACAUAGCCAAUGAAUUUUACUCCCCUGUGGACUUGAUAGUAUCUUAA